AUGGAAAUUCGAAGAGUGGGUUCUGGAUUUUUGGGCGCUGCCAUAAUUCUUCUCAUUAUCGGCGUGGCCACCGAUAGCUGGCUGGGUGCAGGUCUCUUCCGCACGAACGACCACACUCGUUUGGCAGUCGGUGCACUGCUUGUGGUGGGCAUAGUCCUCCUGGCGAUCGCUUUCAUUCUGAGCAUUGUCUCUCAGUGCCAGAAUCCCGUGGCUGGAGGUGUGCAUUUGGCUUACUUUAUUACGCUCUACCUGGCGGUGACCUUACUGCUGAUCGGAAUUCUCGUCUUCACCGGAUUCAAUGGAAGGAACUGGUCCUACUUCUUGGCCACUAUUGGCUGCACCAUCGCUCUGCAAGCAGCUAUUCUCGCGGCCGUCUUUUCGCGCUGCCGAACCUCAACAUCAACGACCAUUCGUCAUGAACGUGUGAUUCGUACUCAGUCGUAG